AUGGGUUCAAAAAUAGAAUAUGUUGAAUCUUCCCACAUGUACGCCUCAAACUACGUCCGCAAUUCAAAAGCAAUUGCAGUAUUGUGGGGAAUAUUCACUAUUUGUUAUGCAAUUAUUGGAGUGGUUGCUUUUGUCACACCUGAGUGGAUCGGGGAUCUGGAGCACGAGAAUCCGGGUAGAUUUGGACUUUGGUCUCGCUGCAGCUACGGAUCCAGCGGUGAAGUCGGAGAAGAAUGCAUUGGACGGUUAGAUGAUCUAUCCACUGUCGGAAACGUGCCAUUUAAAGCCAGCACUAUUCUUGUAGGAAUAGCUGUUGUUAUUGCACUAGUGUCUAUUUGUGCAAUGUUAUUAUUCUUUUUUUGUCAAAGUACUACUGUUUUUUAUAUUUGUGGGUGGAUGCAGGUUAUAUCAGCAAUCUGCAUGGCUGUCGGCGUGGGCGUGUAUCCUCUUGGGUGGGAUUCGCCGAUGGUUCGAGCCGUCUGCGGAGCUUCUGCGUCCAGGUAUGUUCCCGGUGCUUGCGCGAUAAGAUGGGCGAUUCCUCUGGCAGCUAUCGCUGCCCUGGAUGCAGUGACCCUCGCUACGCUUGCUUUUAUCCUCGCGUCAAGACAUGUAAGGCUUGAAGCCGAGCCUUUUAACAACGGGUCUCUCUACAAAGGUGAAGUAAAUCCAGGAUACGUAAACGAAGCCCAGAGCGUAGCAGGGUCAAGAAAAUCCCUAUCUUUGCGACCGGUCCUCCUGGUGGCGCCACCUGACCAAGAUCGGUACAGCGAACUAUCACGAGCAAAGUCUCAUUCUCACCACAGCCUGUACUCGCCCAGCGGGCCUCAUCCGGUCCAUACUCUCUCGACAAACACUCUCAGUCACUCCCAGAGGAAUUUUCAGCUCUAA